AUGCGGCCGAGGACCAGGCCGCUAAGGCCUAUUCCCGAGAUUGUCGCCUCCCAUCUCCAAUUUGCGAUCGAUGUCCUCAAGGAAACACCACGGAUGAUGGUUCUUCAGAAUCAGACCCCGUGGUGCCAUCCCUCUCUUUACAAGAAACAAAUGCCAAGAGCAAUGCAAGAUGCUUACGCCUGCUGCUCCCUCUACAUGUCCAAAACCGAAAUAAACGCCCCGGUGAUCAUGUCCCUCUUUGACAAUCGAACCAGAGAGCUCGUUGAAUCGCCAGAACCAACAGACACCCGAGAAAUACUUGCUCGCACCCACGCUCUAAUUCUUUAUCAAAUAAUGCGCCUAUUUGACAGCGACAUCGGCGCUCAAGCAACAACCGAAGCCCUCUUCACAACUCUGGAAGCAUCGGUCCUCACCCUUCUGAGAACAAUCUAUAUUCCAGAUCCGAAACAGUCGACAGAACUUCUUCCCUUCUUCAUGAACCCAACUAUCGAGUUCUGGGAGUCAUGGGUCUUACAGGAAUCCGCUCGACGUACUGUCCUAUUGACAUAUUACUUUAUGCAAAUCUACAAACUCCUGCAUGGCAUGACCCCCGUCCAAUGUGAUGGCAAGCUUGGGAUUUUUGGAGACCAUGCGUGGUAUCUGUCGGCUCAUUUGUGGAAUGCACAGAGUGCGUUCGACUUCGCAAUUGCAUGGGCGGAGCGGGAGCAUUUCAUCGUGUAUAAUCUUGAUUUCACCUUGGCUUUGAUGAAUGCGCAGCCUAGUGAUUUGGACUUGUUUGGAAAAAUGCUCUUGGUGACAGUUUUAGGAUUGGAUAACGCCAGAGCUUGGUUUCACGUUCGUGGCGCUAUCCUGUGA